CCUACCACCUACCUAUCUGAUACAUCGCAUGCAAAGACUCUGCUAGGUUUAUUAGGUCUGCUAGGUCAACUGGGCAGAACAGAACAAAAUUUUGUCCAUCAAAGAAACAUAUUCACCUAUCGCCAUCCAACAUCUCGCCGUCUUGGCAGUCGAAAAAUGUCGAUCUUAGUAUUGGGACACGAUUGAUCUUGGCAUUCUUUCUUGGCAAACGGACGGAAGAAACGGCAUCAUGUUGCAUCGUUAAGAUAAAAAUAGGGGCCUUCUUCCAAUUCAAAUGUUUGACGUUUCCUCCCUCCUGUCCCUGCUGUCCGCGUCCGCUCCUAAAACCUGUCUGAGCGUAUCUCCGUCAUCAUAUUUUUAAUACCGGAUGAACGAUGGGAUUUUGCUGUGCUCGUGUGAUAUCGCGAUAGUUCGAGUUUUUUAUUUCCCUCGCUCAUUCCUACUCAUAUUCAUUCCUUCAUUUGGGCCAUAAUCAUCUUUCUCGCUUUCUCUUACUAUUUUUAUUCCUCCCUUUUUUUCUUAGACAUUCGAGACGGAAGCUUACGCGUACAAUACAACGGUGCUAGUCGUAUUGUGGGGUAGAUUUGGGCGAUUGGAUUAAUUUUAGACGAUUGAUCUAUCGCGCGCUGCGCAACACUCACGCAUUGAAGUCACCACGAAACUUACUAUGGACAAGUUUUCUCGCCAACUGACUUCGAGCCCGUACGUUUCGAUGGUCUUGGCACGGAGGCGCUCGCUCAUCUUGCUGGGCUUGCCUUUAUUUCUCAUAGUCCUGCUAUUUUCUGGUACCGUCAACGUCGACAAUGAAUGGGGUCAUAGACUGGAUAGUUUUGGCGACAACUUCAAGGCCGGCGUCAGCUAUGUAACUGGCAACGGAACUGUUCAAGUUUCUUAUCCAUCAACCGACACUGCUACCAACUCUUCAUCAUUAAAUGCUGUCUCCUUUCCCAGCGAAUUGUCCAACGGCGCAACAACUUCUACAGUUAGGACUAAGCCGUAUGCUCGACCAGGCCACGAGCUGCCACUUGCUAAUGGAAUUCCACUUCGUAUUAUGGCGCUUGGCGCAUCGACAACCCGUGGCGAUAGUCCCGAAGAGGGCAUCGAUAACAACGGGUUUCGCCGUCCUCUCCGUGAAAGGUUGACUGCUAUCGGCAACAAAGUCAAUUUUGUCGGCACGCAGCGCCUUGGGAACAUGACAGAUAACGACAUCGAAGCAUACCCCGGUGUUGUUACCGAGACCAUUCACGGAAACGCCCGGAAGGCUGUUCCAAAGUCCAAGCCUAAUGUAUUCCUCAUCAACGCUGGAUCUAAUGACUGUUUCCAGCAUGUCGACAUUGACAACUUCUAUAAGCGAUACGAUGCCUUGGUCCGAUAUCUCCUUGAGGCUUCGCCAAGGUCCACCAUCAUAAUGGGUACUAUUCUACCUACCUGGGAUACUCGAUUCAAUGGUCGCGAGGACGUGUGGAGGGUCAACCCGCAAAUCCGGAGGCUGGCGAAAAUAUACAAACAUCAGGAAUUGCCGGUGGUGCUUGCUGAUAUGCAAGGCCCGGACGGAAUUCAAGAUGGGAAUCUAGCUUCGGACGGCAUGCACCCUGGUACUGCCGGCUACGAGAUGAUGGCAACUAAGAUGUACGAGGCUAUACUCGAGGCUGAUGCCAGAGGGUUCCUACAACCUCCAGAACCUGUUCAGGGAAUACUCGACGACGGCGACGACGAGCGCAAGGAUGAAGACUACAUGAAAUGGCUAGAAGAGAAGCGGGCAUUGGACGCUGCGACAGCUGCUGCUGAACAGAAAGAGAUAGACAGGAUGGUGGCAGAACUGGCAAAGAUGAAGCAAGAGAAUGCGGACGGCAAGCAGCAAAGGCGUCAGAAGGAUACAAGAUUAAGGCGGCAUCCUAGGAUGCUCUUCUAAUUAGCGGGACAAGCGGGUUCUUUGUCUUAGAGAAACUGGGCAUUUAUAAUGGUCUUGCCCAUAUGAGAUCACGGCCUCCCAACUGUUAUUAUUAUACACAAUACAGAUACUAUGUAGACUACUAACCUAGGUAUGUACCUAAUAAAUUUGCCCGAGAGGGUGCAAACUCCGAA